AUGCUCGGAAUAUUUUUAGGUGUCUUUUUAAAUGAAGAUGAUCUGGACGAAGCAAACCGACUCUCGAAGAAGAUCGACUUCUUCCAACUAGAAGAAUACGAGAAAGAUAUGAUUCAGAACAUAUUAGAGUACAACUGGGACAGCGAGAAUCAGAUGGUUUCGAAUUUGUUGCAUUUUCCGCAUAUUAUGCCGGAAGAUAAACGUUUGAAAUGGCUGUUAAAAGGACUAAAAGAAGAAAAGCAUUCUUACUACGUUCUCGCGGCGGCUACAGGUGUCGCAGGACUAAAACUCCAUGGAAAGGACACCGAGGAAAUUGUGGAAUUAUUGAAAAACAUUUCAACAUCCUCUCAGCAUGGAAUGGUCGCACUCCGCGCUUUCAUGUCUUUAGUUGAAUACCUAAAACACCCCAAAGAUACAUCAUUUGUGCUGAAAUUCAUGCACAAAUCUAAAUCAAAUUUACGGUACAAUUCCUUGGAUUGGCUGCUGCAUAAUGUAAAGGACAAAAAAGAAUUGCUGUUGUUGCUGGAAGAUAAAUCUAUACCAGAAGACGUAAAACAAGAAGCUAUAGACAGGGUCAAGUCAUCGACGGACAGUGAAGACCAAGGUAAGAACAAGAAUGAGAAAUAUUUAACAAAGGUAUUUUUAUAAUGCCGGCUCUGAGAAGGUAAGCGUAUGUUUGCCUCGCUUGAUUAAUCCACCACAAAAAUGUGGGGCAAGGUAUUACCCAGAUUUACAUUAAGGAAAUGCUCGAAAGAGACUAUUUAAUCCGUUUAAGAUACGCGAUUAGUUCUUUUUGCAAGUCAAACGCACAAAGCACGACAGCAAAUGUAUCAGAUUAUGGAUCUCAUGAUGUUUACUCUAAAAACUUUAUGAACUAUAAUUAAAAAAAGGCCCUUGAUCCUCACUUGUUCUGACAGAGUUCACAGUUUAAUCUGCUUCCGGGGUUUACACCCUUAAGUUUUUUCGGCCGUUGGCAGAAGUCCAUGCGUCUUUUCUGAGAGUCACUUUUCAUAACAAACCCUUUGGCAUCACUGUAAAGUGUACUGAGUUUGUUCUGACUAAGAACUAGAUUAUUGGUGCCAGCGUGUUUGCUCAAGCUCGCUAGAGCGAUCUGAAAUUAGACGCUAAUGAGCAAAUAUUAAAACCAUCGGAAACAUUUAUGCUUUCUAUGUUUCCCAUUAGGAUUAACAACAAGUUAUCCCGUAAAAUUCUGAGUUGAAACACUUGCUCACAAGGAUUACCUUCGUGGCCUAUGUACACACCUUUGAGUUCAAAUCACUUUGAUAUUACUUAACGAAUAAAAGAUUUUAAUCCACCACUGGCUAAUAGUUUACAUAGAAGGCAAAACAAAACUACAAACGAUAUCGCAAAAAUACAAAAGAUUACAGCCGAAGGGAUUUUAAGAGUUUGAUCAAUAUUGUCUUCAGAUCUAGACAUGUGGCUUGGAGAUUGUUCAAAUUUGCAUACAUUUUAUAUUAUAUCUUGUCUUCAACCAAUUGGUGUAAAUUAAAACAUAAACAACGCUAGGAUGACAGCUGACUGUCCUGUAGAAAAGGUGAUCCUUAAAAUUAAGACCAUUUCAUUGAAAGUGUUGAAAGUAUUUUUUUAUUCGUAUCUUCAUGUCCAAUUUCAUUUCGAAUGCUCUUAGCUUGUUUUGUUCCAUUUGAAUAAUUAUCAUUCAGAUGACCAGCUGUGAGUUUCACAGUAAGAUCGCAAAUGAUCGGUUCAACUCAUUAGAUAAAAUGAAAGAGUUCUUUGCUUUGGCUAAACAAAAAGUAAAUUGAUAACGCUCUUGGAGAUAAAAAGCCUGAGGGACACGGCGUAAUAAAAUUCAUUCAAAAACAUAGCUGUCAAUCGUUGGUUAGAAUUAGUGGCUAUUAACUCACUUUUUAGCAAGUCGUGGCUCCGCUGUAAUUGAAUGUUCAAUUGUUCCCCACUUAAGUCAAAGCUAGGCUUCUGGACAAUACACCAUUUAAAAAUGAAAUGUUUUAUUUUAAUAAGGAAGAAAAAGACGAACAUGAUUUUUUCAUCAGUUAUAGUCAGUUUUCUUGUAGCCAAUUCCAAGCGUGCUCAUCCCCCCGGGCAUUUCUCGGGCAUUUGUCAUCUUGUUGGUCCCGGCGGUGGGGAAUUAGUCCAGAAAGCCUGGUCAAUUGACGACAGGAAAGGCCGCGGAAAGAACUAAACGCGACUUCCGAUGCCCAAUUUGCAGCUUUGCCCUUGGACAAGCCAUUUGCGCGCGCCGUCGUCAACUGACGCUCCCGUUCUGUUGCUAAAUCAGCCAUCUCUCACAAAACGGUGUCCACUCAACAUGGCGACGCUAUUCCUCCAAAUCUGAUCGGUUCAUUCAGCAACAAUGACUUAGUUUCGACUAUUUUACGACGUUUGAACACCGUAUAUGUUAUGACUGGUCUUAGUUUUCUAAAAUAAUUACUUGUUUUUCACUUCCAGACUGGGAAAACGAAGACCUUCAUCAUUUUACAUUCGUUCCAAACCUGGCAGAAUUCGAGGCCAUGCGAACAAAGGAACAAACCUUGUCAGAGCUGUUUAGCGAGCUGGAUUUGGACAAAGAUGGAUUAAUCGGCGCCAAGGAGAUCAAAGAUUUCUGCGAAGAUAUCGGUCAAGAUAUAACAUUGGAGGGAGCGGCCAAAGAUAUUGCGCUUGUUGACAGCGAUAAGGACGGAAAAAUAGAUCGAGAUGAGUGGAUAGAACUGAUGUUUCCAAAAUUCAAUAUUCAAUAA